AAAACAUUUCGUCAUAAAACCUCUGGACCAAAUUCGAGCACUCAACUCCCUCUUCUUCCCUCAGCUUUCCCUGCGUGAAGCCAUUUCAUCGUCCGUCGCCGGUGGUACUUACAGAGUGAAGAUGAACCUCUCACUUCCUCCCACUCUCUCUCCUCCCUAAAACCCCUCUUAAACCCCCAAUUUCCAUUUUCCACAACCCUAACUCCAUAACCCUAAUUUCCACCCCUUCUCUCAAUUCCCCCCAAAUCCUACGCUUGUGAUGUAUUCCCGCCGCAUGUAGAUCUUGUUUUGCCGCCGGAAUCGGUUAUGAAAGAAACGAGUACUUCACCGCCGCCUGUAGAUCCUGUUUUGCCGCCGGAAUGUGAGAUUUAUGCGGUGGUGGAGAGGAUGUGGAUUCCGUUAAGCCCGAGGAAGUGGCUGCAGCUGCCACCGCUGCUCCUACUGCCCCAGUUUCCUCGCCGCCGAUCCCUGAUGGGAAUUCGCCGGUUGUGGUGGAACAAACGAGGAGUUUGUUUUCGCCAAUGAGAAUUUACCAGAAACAAAGCAUGGGUUUAGAGACAUCGACAACUCCUUGGCUUAGGCUCUUGUCACAGUAUGCACAGAAUCAAACUUUACCUAUAUCAGUGCCCGUUUUCUCAGUUGGUUCAAACAGACAAUGUAAUCUCAUUUUGAGAGAUCAAACGGCGAGUGGGAUCCUUUGCCGGAUAAAAAAUACUAAGCGUGAAGGCUGCAUGAUUGGUGUUCUUGAAAGCACAGGAAGCAAGGGAUCUGUGUUUGUAAAUGGGAUGAGUGUGAAGAAGAACACCAGCCGUCUUUUGCAUUCUGGGGAUGAAGUAGUUUUCGGAGUGGCAGGAAGUCAUGCUUAUGUAUCCUUUAUUUGAUUUAUUUCUUCUAUUGUGUUUGUAGAUUUAUUGAAUUGCAUUUUAGGCAGUAAAAGGCGUGUCUUGAAUUCCUGAUUGAUGCAGUCUUCAUAUUCUUGCUUGUCGUUUGAGUUUUGUUUGAGAGAAGAGGACUCUCAGCAGCCCGGAGCAUGAACAUAGAAAUCAGAAGUGACUAUGAUCUUCUAGGAAGGAGCAUGAACAUAGAAACCAGUCAACAUGGUGCUGACCCGAAUCUUGGUUUACAAGGAGAAAAACCUUUGAUUGUCGCUUUAUCUUCUGGCAAUAUACAGAUUAUCAAAUGCUUGCUUAAAGCUGGAGCUGAUCCUAAUACUACUAAUUUUUAUGAUUAUACACCUAUUGAAAUUGCGGUUGUUGAAGGUAAUCUUGCAGUUGUAGACACCCUCUUUGAUGUUUCUGCUCGUAUUCCUCAUAUUCCGACCUGGAGCAUUCAUGGAAUUCACGAGUAUCUCAACUCCGAGGAAGAAAAAACUCAGGAGGAGAUUGUAGAUGAAACAGAUGAAUAUAUUGAUGUUCAUAAGAGAAUACGUGUUGCUGCAUAUUACAGCUGCUACCUUAGUUGCACGUGUUCCAUCAAUCCGGAGGUUGACUAGCCAAAAAGCUCUUGUCUAUACUCCGAGGACUGCGCCUUAUGCUAGUGAGGAAAUUGAUGUGGUUCGUGAGCAAUGGGCGAAGUUUUUUACCACCAAGUAUUUAUUAUUGACCUGAGGGCGCUUGAUCGUGUUGGUUUAGAUGUUAUAGAACAAUCUUUUAUGUUAAAAUGUAUGCGUACGUUGAAAUUGGAACGUAAAUAUAUUUAAAUGUAUCGGUAUGUGCACUUUUGGUUUUGGGAUAUAUACAAAACUUCAGUUGUUGUUUUUAUAUUUGUUAUACAGGUUG